AUGUGGGCUUGGAGGAAGACUGAGCUUCAUACUGAGACCUGGACCCAGUCAAUGCCUGGACGAUUCCCAAGAGAGGAGGACCCAGCAAACCUUGCCCAGACUCCUGAUUUGCAGAAACUGUGUGAUAAUAAAUGUGUAUUGUUUUCAAAGACUAAAUGUAUGAUUCACUAUUCAAGAGGUGAAGGCGUUCCAGGCUUUGGGUCUCUCAAGACCUCAUCAGAAGCCAAUGAGUGUGGUCACUUUUUUCAUCUGGAGAACUGUUGCAAGCUUCGGAAAUCAUGUCCACGUUUAAGGCAGGAACAAAGGGAAGAGGCUAGUGCCAAUCAUGUUGCUGUUUUAUUUUGCUUUAAUAGAGAAAAACUUUCUAAGAACCACCCCCAGCUCUUCCACAUUCUCGUUUGGUUUACUACUAAACUCACCCUUAACAUUCCUUCACCCGGCGACUCCGGGUCCAAAUCGCGCGCCCUGAGGGGGCGGGGGCCGGAAGGGCGAGGCCGGGUGCGGAGCGGGUGGGGCGGGGGGCGUGUCCUCGAGGAGGCGGAGACAAGAUGGCGGCCCUCAGAGCUUGGAGGACCUAAGAGGCGGUGCUUGCGCGCGUCCCCCGCGCGCCGCGCUGCGGGCGGGGCGGGUCUCCGGGAUUCCAAGGGCUCGGUUACGGAAGAAGCGCAGCGCCGGCUGGGGAGGGGGCUGGAUGCGCGCGCACCCGGGGGAGGCCGCUGCUGCCCGGAGCAGGAGGAGGGGGAGAGCGCGGCGGGCGGCAGCGGCGCUGGCGGCGACUCCGCCAUAGAGCAGGGGGGUCAGGGCUGCGCGCUCGCCCCGUCCCCGGUGAGCGGCGUGCGCAGGGAAGGCGCUCGGGGCGGCGGCCGUGGCCGGGGGCGGUGGAAGCAGGCGGGCCGGGGCGGCGGCGUCUGUGGCCGUGGCCGGGGCCGGGGCCGUGGCCGGGGACGGGGACGGGGCCGGGGCCGGGGCCGCGGCCGUCCCCCGAGUGGCGGCAGCGGCCUUGGCGGCGACGGCGGCGGCGGCGGCUGCGGCAGCAGCGGUGGCGGCGGCGCCCCCCGGCGGGAGCCGGUCCCUUUCCCGUCGGGGAGCGCGGGGCCGGGGCCCAGGGGACCCCGGGCCACGGAGAGCGGGAAGAGGAUGGACUGCCCGGCCCUCCCCCCCGGAUGGAAGAAGGAGGAAGUGAUCCGAAAAUCUGGGCUCAGUGCCGGCAAGAGCGAUGUCUACUACUUCAGUCCAAGUGGUAAGAAGUUCAGAAGCAAACCUCAGUUGGCAAGGUACCUGGGAAAUACUGUUGACCUCAGCAGUUUUGACUUCAGAACUGGAAAGAUGAUGCCUAGUAAACUACAGAAGAACAAACAGAGACUGCGGAAUGAUCCUCUCAAUCAAAAUAAGGGUAAACCGGACUUGAAUACCACAUUGCCAAUUAGACAAACAGCAUCAAUUUUCAAACAACCAGUAACCAAAGUCACAAAUCAUCCUAGUAAUAAAGUGAAAUCAGAUCCACAGCGAAUGAAUGAACAGCCACGUCAGCUUUUCUGGGAGAAGAGGCUACAAGGACUUAGUGCAUCAGAUGUAACAGAACAAAUUAUAAAAACCAUGGAACUACCUAAAGGUCUUCAAGGAGUUGGUCCAGGGAGUAAUGAUGAGACCCUUUUAUCUGCUGUUGCCAGUGCUUUGCACACAAGCUCCGCACCAAUCACAGGGCAAGUCUCUGCUGCUGUGGAAAAGAACCCCGCUGUUUGGCUUAACACAUCUCAACCCCUUUGCAAGGCUUUCAUUGUCACAGAUGAAGACAUUAGGAAACAGGAAGAGCGAGUACAACAAGUGCGUAAGAAGUUGGAAGAAGCGCUGAUGGCAGACAUCUUGUCCCGAGCUGCUGACACGGAGGAGAUGGACAUUGAGAUGGACAGUGGAGAUGAAGCCUAAGAUUAGCAUCAGGUAACUUUCGACCGACUUUCCCCAAGAGCAAAUUCCUAGAAUUGAACAAAAACGUUUCCACUGGGUUUUGCCUGUUUGAAAAUACGUACCUGAGCACAUAGAGCUUUUUAAUAGCACUAACCAAUGCCUUUUUAGAUGUAUUUUUGAUGUAUAUAUCUAUUAUUCAAAAAUGAUGUUUAUUUUGAGUCCCAGGACUUAAAAUUAGUCUUUUGUAAUAUCAAGCAGGACCCUUAAGAUGAAGCUGAGCUUUUGAUGCCAGGUGCAAUCUACUGGAAAUGUAGCACUUAAAAAGGAAUAUUUGUUUCCCCCACAGUUUUAAUAUGAACGGAUCAGGAAUACCAAAUAAAUUUCCCAAUGAAAGAUUAUUGUGACUUCACUGUAUAUAAACAGAUUUUUAUACUUUAUUGAAAGAGGACACCUGUACAUUCUUCCAUCAUCACUGUAAAGACAAAUAAAUGAUUAUAUUCACAUACCGAUUGGAAUUCUUUCUGUUAAAGAGCACACACAAUAAGUAGCCCCUCCUUAGGAUUCCCUGAUUCACAUUCAGCUGUGAUCCCUGGGUCUGAUGUUUGAAAUGGAGGUGGUAGGAAAUGGCUCAUACAUUUGCAGUAUGCCUCUGGAUAUCAUGAGAAUUGUGCUGCUUUCACCAGAAUUCUAAGUUGUCAUGAGCAUGAGCGACUUUUUUUCCCCUUGCCUAUAACGAGCACUACUGUUAUUUCUAGAAAAAUAAGGCAUUUCUUCCCCCGGGGCAUGAGUUAGGUACAUAAGUGCCCUUCAGAUGUUACUGGAAAUCGAUGUCUGUUUUUUCUAGAACACUUUACUUUUUCCAGUGUCCACUAGCUUACAGAGUUAACAGGUGUAUGUCAGACCCUUUGCUACAGAGAGGCAGCUUUCUAUGCAGAGUUGCUUAAUGAACCAAAUUGUAAUAUUUUGCUAAUAAUUGGUACCUGGCCUCCAAAGUAUUAGCAUUUUUUUUUCUGAUGAAAUUCAUAUGCGUUAACUUCAUUAAAUUCCUUGAUAUUUAAUUACUGAAACUGGCAUAACAUUAAUAAAUGAGUUUUACAAAUUCAAAACAUAAGUUAAUCUGAUACCAAGGAAAGGAAGGAGUGGUUAUAAUCAAAUUUAAGUACAUUUUGAGAGAUAGAACAAAAAUAGUACCUUUCUAUAGGAAAGGUUUCUGUACUUCUUAACUCUUAAGUUCUUUUAAACUUAGACCCCAAAAUGAUAUGUUCAAGGAUGUGAGCAUUUCCAUAUAAAUGUCACCUGUAUGUUUUUCCAUCACUACCUCCAGCACCCUUCCAGUUCCCGAGAAAGGACAAGAAGAGAAAAUAGUGAAAGCAAUACACCUGGCUAGGUUUGAGUUCCCGUCUAUCUGGACCUCAUGCCAAACUACGUAAAUCACACCUUCUUGGAAUUCCUGAUGUACUUUCAACUUUGAUCUCUGGCCCUUAGGCCACAAGUUUCCUCAGAGCCAGUCCCGCUGGCAAAUAAGCAGAGAUGCUUGCAGACCCUGGGGAGACAAGUGAAGGAGGGUGCCUGCUCUUGGCCCUUCCAACUGUCCCAACUGGGGUGGCCAUGGGACAUUAGGACUGAUUUCUUGCUAAGAGCUUUUGUGACUAGAUAGAAUGAUGCCUGAAGGCUUUUCUUAGACCCCUCCAAGUCCAUGAGUCUUCAUUUGUAAUCAAGCUUGGGGUACCUUCACCUCAGCAAUCAGAUAUAUGUUCUUUUCACAAAGCAAUCCAACCAAGAUCCACAUGCUUUUAAAAAACAACUUUUGUAAAAGGAAAAACACAGUGUACAUGCAUACAGAGCUUUGAUUUUUGUUCUUAUGUACUUUGCUCAGGUAGAGAACAAGAUGUGAAAGCCAUUACAUGGUGUCCAGCUGGGAACCAUCCUGUAAGUCAAGAUGUUCCCAGUAUACCCACAGGACAUGUCCAGAAAUACAUGCAUCAUCUCAUCCCCCACACCCACCAGCAUCUUGCAUCCCCUCACUUGGGUAAAAGCAAAUCACCUGAUCCAGAUGCCCAGGGUGGAAGCCCAAGAGUGACUCCAGAUGCCACUCUUCCCCUGGCAUCCAACAUCCCAUCAGUCCUGUUAGAGUCAUUGUCCAGGUUUCUCACAUCUACAUCUUUAUUCCCACAACCCCUGCCUUUAUGCAACCUCUUUUCCUCUCCUCUAGGCUUUCAGUGGCUUCUUUUUUCCCCCACCUAUCCACUUUCCCUUCUCCUUCCUCUCCAUUCUUCCUUUUCCUCCUCCACAUAGCAGAAUGGUCCUUGAAGCAAAUGUUACUGUAUAAUUUCCCUGCUCAAAAUUCCUCACGUCUCUGUGUAUGCAGUUUUGAAUCGUGCUUAAGAGCCGAGCGCUUUGAAGUGCAGAGUCUGUGUUUGAACCUUGGUUUUGCCAUGCGUGUGACUUGUCAGGUUAAUGUCUUUGAGCCUGUUCCUCCUCAGUGAAAUAGGAAUAGGAAUAUCUACCUCAUAGAGUCGUGAGGACUGAACAAGAUCCCAUUUGUAAAGUGUUAGCACAGUGCCUGGCACAUAGCGAGGGCUCCCAUUGGAGCCGUCUCAUUAUCUCUGCAGGUGUCCUUUUAUGUCAUUUCCAAGAGGCAUUUGCUGAAAACCCUCACUACCCUCCACUUUAUAAAUAACCACAAUACUUUAUUUUCUGCCUUGGCACUCUGUUUAUUUCCUUUGUAGCCACCUUCUAAAUCUGUAUUUUAUUUAUUUGUUGACUUUUUGUCUGUCUUUUAUCUACUAGAAUGUAAGCUCCGUGAGGGCAAGGAUGUAUCUGUCUUGUUCCCUAUUAUAACCCCAGCGCUUAGCCUAGUGCCUGGCACAUAGUAAGCACUCGAGAAAUGUUUGUUGAAUAAAUGGACGAAUGAUCCAAAGACUCUUCACGAUCUGAUACCUGCCUACUUGUCUAGCUCAUCCUGUCACUGUUCCCACUGCAUCUUUGGCUCAAGAAAAACCACAUCACCUGCUCCUUCGAAGGGCCCUUUGGGCCUCUGUCUUUGCGCCUGUCGUCCCCUUUGCCUGCCUGUCUACGUGGUGAAUUCCUGAGCACUGGUCACAUCGCGGCUCAAUGGCUACCUCCUCUGUGAAGCUGUCCCUGAUUUCUCCAGGCAGACGUUCUUUUUCCCGCCACCUUCCAAAUUCCCACUGCACUUUGUAAAUACCUCCACGGAAGCACUUUACUGUAUUGUAUUGUAAAUUUGUUCGCAUGUCUGUUUCUACUUUUAGACUGUAAACACCAUGAAAGCAGAGAUUGCAUCUUUUCAUCCUAGUAUCCCCAGAGCCUAGCAUAGUGCCUGGCGCAUAACAGUUUGUCAAGAAAUACUUGUUGAAUGAUUUUGUGACCGAACGGAGUGUCUUGCAGUUGGAAAAGUGUUGAGAGACACGUAUGUAUUAUCAUGGAAAGGAAUGCCCCUGGCAGUUUCCAGGGUAGCUUUUUGUGCUAGAGAGGAGAUCUAGAAAGCAUUAUGUACUCUUUUUGCAUAUCAGAUGACUUGUUUGAAUUUCUGAAAUAAGUUGAAUAACAUAGAUCUUCUUAAAUGGUUGCGAAAGAUACCCAAAAGCUUUGUGAUCCCUCAAACGCUACAAAGUCCAAAAUAAAUAUUUGCACUAUUAGUAUUUCCAUAGUAAAUGCUAUGCGAAAGUGUACAGCAAUAA